AUGUUUCAGGGACUCAGAAAUCGAUGCGCUUUAGCGUGCGUGUUCAUCGCAGCUGUGGCUGCGCAAACUACGGUCACCGUGAGUGGGACCGCCAGUCAUCCCAUCCCAUCUACCCUCUUUUUACAAAAUCGCGCCUUUCAGCAAGUGACUGCCAAUACGACUGCUGCGCUGUAUGCAUGGAGUGCAAUCAAUAAUGCUGCCAUCAACGUCAUUGCAGAUCCCGUGCCUGUCUCUUCAGCACUACCGAACUCUCUUCAGCUCACCAUUCCCCAAGGCUCCACUGGGCAAGUUGGUUUCGGCAACGAAGGUUAUUGGGGUAUCAAGGUAGAUGCUGACUGGACUUACAAUGCUUCUUUCUAUUACAAAUUCCCCACAAGCUCGAGUUUUGAAGGAAGCAUAACUGUUGGCCUUCAGAGCUCUACUGGACAAAUAUACGCUUCAGCAGCUGUACCCAUCAGUGGAUCUCAAACCGCAUGGGAACAGGUCGCAGUGUCUUUGAAACCUAGUACUUCUCCAACCUCUACUGCUAACAACUUCACAAUUACUGUCGACGGAGUUUCCGCGGCUGGUCAGACGAUCGACUUCGCAAUGUUAUCCCUUUUCCCACCAACAUUUAAAAACCGAGCAAAUGGCUUGAGAAUCGAUAUUGCAAAUACUCUUUAUGAGAUGAAACCUUCGUUCUUCCGACUCCCUGGUGGCAACAACCUUGAGGGACAAACCACUGCUACCAGGUGGCAGUGGAAUGCGACCGUAGGCGCUCUCGUAGAUCGACCAGGUCGAAUGGGCGACUGGGGCUAUAUCAACACAGAUGGUCUUGGUCUUCUGGAAUACAUGUAUCUGUGUGAAGACUUGGAACUACAGCCUAUUAUGGCUGUAUGGGCAGGUUACUCUCUUGGUGGCACGAGCCUUGCAGAAGAUGAACUUUGGCCAUAUAUUCAACAAGCUAUUGAUCAGAUCAAUUUUGUUAUUGGUGAUCCUUCUGAAAGUGCUGCAGCGGCUUUAAGAGCAUCUCUUGGCCAUCCGGAGCCUUUCACGCUAAAUUAUGUUGAGGUUGGAAAUGAGGAUUUCUUUGCAUCGACUUCAUACAUAUACCGAUGGAGAGAUUUUGCAGGCAACCUGACAGCAUUGUUCCCACAGAUUAAUUUUAUCGCCACCACUUAUCCCUUCGAUCCUAUCAUCGAGCCCACUCCAAAGCAGUAUGACAACCACGUUUACCAAACACCUACCUGGUUUGCAGAAAACUCUUUUUACUAUGACUCGUUUGAGCGCAACGGGACAUAUUACUUCCAGGGCGAAUAUGCAGCAAUCUCUACGAAUGCCACUAACCUGUAUGGUACCGUUUCGGAAGGGCGUCUUAUGUAUCCUACCAUGCAGAGUUCUUCGGGAGAAGCUGCCUAUAUGACGGGGUUCGAAAGGAAUGCUGAUAUUGUCUUUGCAGCAUCCUAUGCACCCCUUUUGAUGAAUACGGCUGAUUACCAAUGGACGCCAAACCUUGUUUCUUUCGAUGCAGCCAAUGUUUACCCUUCAACGAGUUACUAUGUUCAACAGCUCUUUAGCAUCAACCGCGGUGACGAAUAUUUGCCAAGCACUCUUCCCGACGCUAAUGGAACUGUAUUCUGGAGUGUCACGCGGAAUGUAACUGCAGGCGAGGUUUUGAUCAAGAUCGCCAAUCCCGUUGGAACUGUCAGUGACCUGACCUUCAUCCUACCAUACACCAAUGUGUCUCCCACCGGGAUAUCUACGGUCUUGACAGGCCCUGAAACUGCCAGCAAUUCGCCUUCGACGCCCGACGCCGUGGUACCUGUAACAUCUACCAUCACAACAGGGGCGACCUUCAAUUAUACAGUGCCAGGCUACAGCGUCAGUGUGCUUACAGUAAAAGCAAGCUGAUCUUUUUCUAUUCACAUAAAUUGUCGUCUUUUUUAUGUACAAAGCGUAAAUCAAUUGGUGGUUGUGGCACUUACUGUUGGGCAGGGCCGUUGGCGAGUUUCUUGAUAAUGGAGAACACAUGAUUGCACAUUCCUUUUUACUUUAGAUCCUGAUUCACAAGACCUAAGGUAUUACGUUGCUUUCAGAUCUGUAGACAGUGUGGGAUACAUUCAAGUUGGACAGGCAUCAUCUUACGCCGUUCAUGGUCUCGUUUGCUUUUUUAAGGUCACAUUAUUGACUCAAUAAAUUUGACAGGUUUUCAUUCUACAAGCCGAGGCUCCACCUCCGCAGUCUAUAGGGCACAUAAUCUAUCGCUACUCUUAUCGGUGCCAUCGUCACCGUUAUCAUCAAGAUAGGAAGGCUUUCACGCAGAUCUAUGCAUGUUCACGCGCCCACGAAUGGCUCGUGACCAGUGACCACAAUGCCUUUUGUCAUGCUUCUCUUCGCAUGAAUUUAUAACAAGAUCAACUCCCCCGAAAACCCAGUUCAUCUCCACAUCCUGUCACAUGCAACCAAAGUCCCAGGCCUUAUUUUCUUAAGCGGGCAGACGCCCGUUGGCAAGGAUGGUAAGGUCGUAGCAGGAGGAAUACAGGAACAUACUGCCCAAUGCUUUACAAACUUGGGGAAUGUUCUCACCGCCGCAGGCUCAUCCUGGGAUAGAGUGGUCAAGGUAAAUGUGUACCUUAAAGAUAUGGACGAUUUCUCAGCUAUGAAUGAGAUUUACGAGACAAUGCUACCUACUCCAAAACCAGCCCGAACUUGUAUUCAAGCAGCAAAAUUACCCAACGAUGUGGACGUUGAGAUUGAAGCCAUUGCUGCUACCUAAAUACUGCUGUGCGCAAUUGACAAAGCGUUCAUCAAUCAAAUGGAAAUAUCCUCUUGAUACAAAAAGAUCGGAGAUGGAAUUGGAUAUCAUAAAAAUUUACGCGGUACCCAAAGCUUUCGCAACAACUUCUGUGAUAUCGGAUAUCAGUUCCCUACCCACACUGAGGACCCUGUCCAUAGCAAGUAUAGGAUGAGGAGCCUUUGCGUAAACCUUGUGAGAUACUUCCACCCCGACUUGUUUGAGCUUCUCGCCAUACGCGAGACCCUCGUCUUUCAGGAUGUCUAAUUCCAUAACAGCGAUCCAAGUUGGAGGACUCUUGGCCAACAAUUCGUUUGGUGCAAAUAUAGGCGAGCUGUCCCACUUAGCCUGAUCUUCCGGAUUAGGCAGAUAGUUGCGGCGGAACCAGAGCAUACGCCCAAUAUUAAGCCACGGCGUGUUAGCAUUCUCAAGCCAAGACUUGUACGGUUUACCGGUCUCAGAGGCAGUGUUGUCGGUAACUGGAACGAUCAACACUUGAGAGACAAGGGGAAUA